AUGGCGGCGGAGGACAAUCGCCGUUACAACAUUUUUACGAAUAACAAAUUAAUAAUUGAAGAACACAAUGAGCGCUGGAAAAAUGGUACCGAAAGCUAUCAGAUGGGCAUAAAUCAAUUUUCGGAUAUGUUGCCUGAGGAACUUGAGCUGUACACGACUGGACGCAUCUCUAGCAGCCAAAUGGCUGAACAGGGUAACCAUACUGUGAUCUUCAUGCCACCACCACAUGUGACCCUACCAAAGGAGGUCGACUGGCGAGAGUAUAAUGCUGUAACCCCGGUUUUCAAACAGGGGGACUGUAGUUCUUGUUGGGCUGUUGUGGCCGCUGGAGUUUUAGAAAGUCAAUAUUUUAUGAAGACAAGGCAAUUGAUUCCACUCUCCGUUCAGAAUUUGUUGGACUGUUCUUCUAAAUACGGCAACUACAACUGCAGUGGUGGCUUGGCCCGAAAUGCUUUGAAAUACGUGAGAGAUAACGGAGGCGUUGAUACACAAAAGGCAUAUCCAUAUAAAGGCGUAUCCGAAAUGUGUCAAUAUCAACAGAAAAAUGAAAUACCAAUAACUAUAGAGCACAUUUGUAAUAUUCCAAAAGGUGAUGAGCGGGCCAUGGCGUUUGCAGUCGCCUUUAUCGGGCCGGUUGCUGCUGGUAUUAAUUCGAUUACUGGGUUACAUGGCUACAAAGGAGGCGUAUUCUACAACAAACAUUGUAGUCAAGUAUUGACUCAUGAAGUGCUUGUCAUUGGUUUUGGAACCGAUCCACAGGAGGGAGACUAUUGGCUCAUUAAAAACUCCUGGGGUACGGCUUGGGGUGAAAAAGGCUUUGGCCGCAUUGCUCGUAACAGAGAUAAUCAGUGUGGGAUUGCCAGUGACGUGUUAGUUCCUUUAAUAUGA